AUGCGAACUUGGACUAUUGCAAAGAUUCUAUACGCUGGCCUAGCUGUCUUUCUCUUGGUCCUCGAAGCUGCAGCUGUAGACAAAGACCAGCCAAAUAGUUCGAGUAAGCCACCGAGCUGGGUAACCUAUAGUCCACCACUCGUAUUGAGCACCGCUAUAACGGCCUCAUCGGCUAUCACUUCAGCGCUUGGGUUUAUUCCGUCUCCCACGGCCACAUCAAGCACUAUUCCUCCAGUCUGGUUCAACAGCUCUUCCAUGAAUUCCUCGACAAUAACCUCGACAGCAGAUCCAUUACUCAAGAACCGCUGCGACGACGACAAAACAGGUGCCAACACUUGCAGAACUUCGAAGGAAAAGUUCGAUAAUAUCGAGUACUCCAACCAAGCUGGUAUUGUGGAGAAAGGCAUACAGUUUGUCGAAGUAAACGUUGAGAGUGACUAUGUUCCCGAGAAAAAAGAAGGAGGGGUUGAGUACAACGGAAAGUCACUACAGAAUGCCUUUAUCGCCCAAAUUGCAGACACCUUUCAGAAGAGCGGCGAGGACGAGAAGAAUUGUUACAGGUUCGAUCGGAGAUCAACCAUGUGCACAUUCUGCAAGAUUUGUAUACCCGAUGGAAGGGAUCGCGUGAUAAGGUGGUGUAAUGCACCCGAGUAUGUUCGAGUAAGUGUCAAGAAUGAGGAGGGGAAAGAGGUUGCGCAUAUGAAGGUUGUGCUCAGAUUUACGGGGACGACGGAUAAGGGGAGAUUCGACUGCAUGGCGAUCAAGGAAGGCGUCGAGACGAGUGCCCGAGACGACAGGAUGAGAGAAGUGAAAGAUGCGGUUGGUGGAAAGGAGGCGCAGCAAAACAAGCCGUGGCGCAACGCGGAAAAAGGUCGCAAAGGCAAAGGCAAAAGAGGCAAGAUGGGACAAGAUGAGUCGCGGGUGAUAGACCCCACUGCACCACCUCAGACUUUAGAAGCACGUACUUUGGAGGCUCUGGCGCAAUAUAUCAAGGAUGGGCGCGCGCAAAAGAUUGUCGUUAUGACGGGUGCAGGUAUAAGUACUUCAGCCGGCAUACCAGACUUCAGAUCACCAGAAACAGGCCUAUACGCCAAUCUCGCUCGUCUGAACCUACCAUAUCCCGAAGCCGUUUUCGACAUCGAUUUCUUUCGCAAAACCCCGGAGCCAUUCUACGCUCUCGCUCAAGAACUAUACCCCGGAAAGUUCAGACCGACGAUAACACAUUCCUUCAUAAGCUUGCUACACCAGAAGGGGCUGCUGUUGAAGUUGUUUACACAAAACAUCGACUGUCUGGAGCGCGAGGCCGGAGUUCCCGGCAAUAAGAUAAUAGAGGCGCACGGCAGUUUUGCAUCGCAAUGUUGUAUCGACUGCAAGAAGUCGUAUCCCAAAGAUCGCAUGAACGAAGCUAUCCAUAACAGAUCAGUGCCUCACUGUGUCGACUCGUCCUGUAACGGCCUCGUCAAGCCCGAAAUCGUCUUCUUCGGGGAACAAUUACCAUCUGCCUUCUUCGACAAUCGAAGCCUCCCCGCACAAGCCGACCUGUGCAUAGUCAUGGGAACGUCGCUCAGCGUACAACCCUUUGCUUCGCUACCGCAACUUUGUGAAGACGAGACUCCACGUCUACUUAUAAACUCGGAGAGGGUUGGUGACAUGGGCCAACGAACCGACGAUGUACUACUACUGGAGGAUUGCGAUAGUGGUGUGAGGAAAUUAGCUGAGGCUUGCGGUUGGUUAAGUGAGCUAGAAACACUCUGGGCAACGACGGCACCCAAGGAAGAUCCUACGGCACCCAAGGAAGAAGUCAAGAAGAGCCACGAUGAGCUGCUGGAAGAUGAGGUCGACAAGCUCACACGAGAAGUGGAGGAGAAUUUAAGGUUAAAUCGAGCGGAACACGAGUGGCUUGAAAACCACGUCGAUAACAAGCUGGCAAGAAAUCACGAGGACGGUCAAGGUAGAGACGACUCCGCGACUGAACUGCAACCAACUGUCGACCCGAAGUCUAGGGCAAGUCCUAGCGAGACGAAAACGGACCCCGGAGGCGGGCUAGGACAUGUGUUUCCUCACAUGAACAAAUCCUCGCUUUAG